AUGUCGAAGCCUUCAAGUGUUCAUAUAGAGGCCUCGGAUGAUGUCGUUGAUCAACAGAACAAUCGUGUAAUGAAGAGGACCCAGUGGGACGCAGAGAUUGAUCCGGCUCUCCAAAAGAGAGUCAUUCGCAAGAUCGAUAUGUUCGUUAUUCCUUUUGUUUGCGUGACAUAUCUCAUCACAUACAUCGAUAAAGCCAUGUUAGGGUACUCGGCGGUAUUUGGUUUGAAGGAAUCUCUAGAUCUUCAAGGCACAGAAUAUAGCUGGCUUGGUCCUGUUCGGAUAGGAAGCAUGUUCUAUUUUGGCUACCUUGCGUUCGAGUAUCCAACCGCUUUUGCGAUGCAGAAACUACCAGUCUCUCAAUGGCUUUCGGGAAACAUCAUACUCUGGGGCGGAAUAACCAUGGCUUUGGCAGGCUGUGACCGAUUUGACUCGUUCCUAGGACUACGCUUCCUUCUUGGCGCACUCGAAUCAUGUUCGACUCCGGCCUAUCUACUCAUCACGGCAACGUGGUACACGGUCGAAGAACAGCCGAUUCGAAUUGGUUGGUGGUCCGCCUUUCUGGGCGUCGCAAACUCAUUCGGUGGUCUUUUGGCCUUUGCUAUCGGUCAUAUAGAGGGCUCAUUGGCCUCUUGGCAAUACCAGUUCAUCAUAAUCGGUGCCAUUUCUUCGAUUUGGGGAAUCUUCAUGUUUUUCAAUCUGGCUGAGAACCCAUCAGCUGCCCGUUGGUUGAAUGAACAAGAAAAGGAUGUCGCUAUUCGCCGUUUAGGACCGCGACACCACGGAGGCAAUGUUCGCAAAAUCAAAAGGUAUCAGCUCGUGGAAGCAGUCACCGACCCCAAGACUUGGAUCUUCUUCCUCUGUGGCGUGUGCACUCAGGUAGUCAAUGGCGCGGCGAGCAAUUUUGGAAGUCUGAUCAUCCAAGGAUUUGGAUAUUCCAAUCUUGUGGCUACUCUAUUCCAAAUUCCGUAUGGAAUGGUGAUUUUGGGGUCGAAUGUGUCCGCCAUGUACAUCCAGCGCUGGCUCUCCGGGCAAAAGCGAUGCAUCGUUGGUGCGAUUUACGUGUGUCCGGCUCUUGCUGGCGCUGUCGGUAUACACAUUUUGUCCCGAGAUCGCCAAUCGGCCCUUCUGCUUACCAGUACGUAUACGGCGUCCUUUGCCAUGAUCAUGUCUCUGAUCACGGCCAAUACCGGUGGCUCGACCAAGCGAUCGGUGGUGAAUGCUGUUUUCUUCAUUGCCUACUGCGUGGGUAAUAUUAUCGGGCCUUUCGCAUUCAAGAGUGACGAGGCACCGCAAUACACUUCUGGCAUUGUGGCUAUGCUGGUAGCCUAUGCUGUAGAAAUAGUUCUACUAUUAGGCUUUGCCACGUAUAUGAGAAAGCUGAACAUAGACAAAGAUAAGGUAUUGGAAACAGAAGGAGUGAGCCUUGAUAGAAAUGGUCGGGAACAGUCUGUGGGCGCAGAGGCUGAUCGCACUGAUAAGGAAGAUGUAUAUUUCAGAUAUUCUUACUGA